GCUGUGUCUACACACGGCGUCGAUUUUUUUCUCAUCCUACUCCCACGCCUGAGUUACGCAAUACCUGACUCUUUCGAGUUUCGUGCUCGGCCGAAUUUCGAGCACGAGAGGCAGAGUUGCUUCGGAGCACAGGAGCUCCGGAGACGAAGAAGCAGAAGGAAAACUCACCUGAAAAAUUCGGUCGCGCGCGAGCGCGAGCCCAGAGCAUCAGCGACAGGCUUCGGGCUACUCGGCUGCAGAGUGCAACGAACGAUACGUUUUCCCUUCCGACCAUUAGGUGGCCGAGCGUCGAUCUCCGGCCGAGCGGUGGGGACAGGUCACGCGGUAGUGGUGGGGGACCGCGAGUCUCCAGUCCCCUCCAGCUUCGGCCGGUAGUGGGGGAUGGAUCUCGCGUUAGUGCGAGCGAGACGGGACGAGGACUGAGGGAGUUCCGUGGGCGGAGUCGAGACGCUGCCGAGUUAAUAGAGAUACAAUCGACCGAGCGUCUAGUGCAGUGCCCGGCGUAGGAGGAGAGCGAGAGAGAGAGAGAGAGAGAGUGAGCGGGAGGGGGAAGGGGGGAUCGGUCACGGGUAAGUAGGGACCGACGGACUGGCUGCCUAGUUUAGACAUCACCGAACGACGGAUGGACAGCCAGUCAGACCCGUCACGGCACUCGCUCAACUACUCGGAAAUCUCGGGAAAAACUCCGAACUUGCCGAAUUCAGACACAGUCGUCCUCGAAUGACACUCAGUGCAGCAGACUAGUGAUUCUCUCGGCGUGCUAUGUCGAGUGCUAGACAGUAGUGCUCGCGCUUACGCUAUCCUCGAAACGCAACCGCAGUUGUUUUUUUCGAGAAGUAGAACGAAGAAGAUAGAGAGAAGAUCAUGAGUGUGGCCCUGGCAACCAUGGAGUCAGCCUACGGACUGAGCAGGCUGGGAAUGACGAUGCAGCACUACCACCACCACCGACGGGCUCGUUCGCCUGACAGCCACGUGCAGUCGCAUCAGGAGCCGUCGGAGCAGGUCUCCCCCUUGCGCUUCAGCGUAGUGAACAUCCUCCGGCCGGACUUUGGCCGCGACGCUAUCCUCAGCCGGUCACCGGCGAAGACGACUCCCAUCAAAGUGACACCUCUUCCGGUGCACAGUCCGCUGAGUCUACCCCGGGACCUCAGCCUCUCCUCCAGUGGCAGCAACCAGAGGCUAUCGCCGCAGCUCGGCUUCUCCUCGUCGAACCUCAGCAGGAGCGGGAGCCUCGAGAGCCUCGCCAGCAACAGAAGUUCCGUCAACGGCAACUCGGCCUCCAUAUCCUCGGCUGCUUCCACGGCCGGAGGCGAGUCCGUCAGCGGUGAGAGCAACAGCUCCGGCAACGGACAGAGUCUCUGGCCCGCUUGGAUAUACUGCACCAGAUACUCCGACAGACCCUCUUCCGGACCGAGAACGAGACGAGUCAAGCGCACGAACAGCGAGAAAUCACAGUCGGUCUCGACGCCGGAGGAGAAACGGCCGCGCACAGCUUUCAGCGCCGAGCAGCUGGCCAAGCUGCAGCUCGAGUUCACGGAGAACCGAUACCUCAACGAGCAGCGCCGCCAGAAACUCAGCAAAGAGCUCGGCCUGAACGAGCAGCAGAUCAAGAUCUGGUUCCAGAACAAACGCGCAAAGAUCAAGAAGGCCAGUGGCCAGAAGAAUCCACUGGCGUUACAGCUCAUGGCGCAGGGACUCUACAAUCACUCGACCGUUCCCGUCGACGAGGAUGGCGAGGAGAUUCCGGAGUAGGACGAUCGUCGAAGACUUGUUUUGAGUUAUAGACUGCGAUAGACUGUAUUGACUAGUUUGUAGAGAAAAGACAGAGAAUUAUGAUUUUUUCUUAUUUAUUUCGAUGUACAUAGUUGUAUAUAUUGCUGAGGAGAGAUAAUCGUACUGUGGAUAUGUAAGAUAUAUAUUAUGUCAUUGUGACGAUGCUGCCAGUUGUGCACCUCGUGUGCGAAGAUAUGUAGUCGCGUAUUUUUAUUAUUAUUCUGUAUUAGCGGACGAAAAUCGAAUCGUCGUGUUGUACUGAACUGUCCCAGUUAUGUAGUGUAAGGAAUCGCGUAGUGUAUAAAAGAAAAAAAACGAGUAUAUAUGUUAUAUCGUAGUAGGUACUGUGUGAGACAGAGUAUUUCCGAUGCGCUAUACAAUUGUUCUAUAGUGGAUACAUCGGAAAUUGAUAUUACAUCAUUAUAUCGAGCCAUUAUGUUUUAUAUUUAUAUGUAUAAAACGAUCUCAUUAAAAUAUGUAUAUAUAAUAUAUGUAUAACGUAUACGGUAUACACGAGCAUAAAAUUUAUCGCGAUCUUGUACGAGUGUGUCUCGUAUGUGGUGAUUAUCGUAGCGCGUACGCCUAUACGUCUGUGUAAUCAUUAUACACGCCUGUUUAUUAGUGACGAUUAAAAUAUCGUAAAUUCUACCGAAA